CGACUCAUUUUAGAAAGUUCCCGCAGUUGCAUCGUAUUUCUAAAACAAAGUUAUUUGCAUUUUUAGUUCUCGCUGACUAUCUUGAUCGCUUAUAACUGAUCUAAUACCUUCGCUCCAGCAGGACUUUUCUCUCGGAUGAACUCGGUACGUAUCUCAGCACCUAAAUUUCUCGACCAAUGAGAAAUUACGUUUUCCAAAAACGCUAAAAAAAUGAUCUUGAAAAUUAUCUAUUACCCGCAGUUACGAAUGAUUUUUUCAAAUCUCCCAACAACGAUCCCAACAUAUAGUUCCGCGACCUGAAUGUUUUGAUCUUUUGCAAAAGGUAGUACCCCGAUCCGUAAAUCCAAAAAACAAAAUUGGCGAUCUUAGAGCAAAAAUCGCAGGAGCAAGACCGCGCGCGCCCGAUUCGGUUUUGGUAUUGUAGAAAGUAUCGCCUAGAAGUAAGUACUCUAUUGAUGAAAAUUCGAGGCAAGUGUCGCUCGAUCGGCAAUAUAUAGUAGCAUUGGAAUUGCUCCUUUCGCGCGCAGACUUCACGAGAAGACUGUCUGAAGCGCGGACGCUUUUCCUGGGCUUGCGAAUCGCGCAACCCCGCAAAGAACCCUGGAGAGAGUGGUCGAAUCUAGCACCUCACUCUGUUCGUUGCAACGACGACCGGAAUCAGAAAAAUUCUUGAUCAGAGCAGCGGUGCGCGCGCGAGAAAAUUCUGCAGUUGACGGUGCAAUAGUCAGCUGGAACUUACUAGUUGUAUAGAACCGGAAAUAAAGUAUAGAGAAAACAACAUCAUCACCACAAACCAACCUCACAGUCAGUGUUGCGACAAAGCUCUCCGGUGGGAGGGCCGGAAGAAGAAGAGAAUCUGGCAAGAUGUAGCGCUAGAAGGGCGCCGCGCUCCAGAAUACUGACAAAAAAAAAUAAAAAAACCAAAAAAAUCAUUUAUCGAAAAGAAGUGAGGAGAGAUAUUUAGUAAGAAGUCACAGAUACUACACUACGUAGUUGUGAUUUAUUAGUAAAUCUAUUACUGGAUAUACUUUCUCGUUUUCUACUGAGAAAGCCAAAACUUUCUAUACUGUCCGUAGUGAUCCACGGCUUGCUGUGACAAACUCGACGCAAAGCGGUGUGUCAUAACAGACGAAGUGGUUCGCAAUUACAAAUCGAUUGUAAUUAACUCUGCUGACGUUUGAGUUGUACCGUACCUGAGAUAUUUUUACGAGAUUCUGACGACACCGCGACUAAGAAUUGAGUAGAUACCUUUGUACGACGACAUUAUUAUAUCCUGCAUACUAACUAUCCCUACUUCCGAGUUAUUACCGACAAGUACUACAAAAUCAAUUUCUACGAGUUGUUGUUGGCAACGAACACUGAAAUCGAGUAUAGUUCCAAUAGUAUAGCGAAACGGUAAAAAAUCAUGAGGCCACGCGCCGCGUCAAAUCGACUUUGACGAUCCGGGCGCACCACCACGACCCUUUACCACGUAGAGCCGAUUUUGGAAUAACGAACGACACGAAAAACCACCACAUUGGACAAUACACCCACGAAAAUAAUCAAGACCACCACCACCGCCGAGCGGUUACUAGCGAAAAAAUCUAAUACAGCUUUACUCUCGGAGUAAAAGACUACAAAUCACCGACGCCGGUACCCCCGACGCCAACAACUACAGUCCCCGAAAAUAUUAAAACUCGAAGGUGGAAGUAGAAAAGCCAAGAACAUCAUCAUCCUCUUCGCGUCGAUCUUCUGUUUAUUUUGCCUUCCCCCGAGAACCAGACCAACAACGCCCUUCGUGCUCGAUGGAGAGUGAUCAGCCUCCGAUUCUCGCGCAACUAAAAAAAGACCACAGUCGCACCUCCUCCUCCCACGACCAGCUUGAAGACGACAACAGCACGCGCAAUCAUGUCCUGCUAGAGGAGGGGGAAACGACGACAUCAAACGUGGAAGCCAGUUUCGUCGCGAGUUCCAGUAGCAUAUGCAUUGCAAAAGUAUCGUAUUAGUAUAAAUUGCAUCACAAAUUUUGGCAAGAAGAAAAAUGGAAUUUGUAAUGCUGGUUUACAUGAGGAAGGAGAUUUGUACAUGCAUAUUUGCAAUUACUACGAGUACGAUACUUUUGCACAGGAUAUAGCACGCCCCAGUCGGCCGACCCGGAGACGACUGCAAGCAUGAAUGUGGGCGAUCUGAUAUCGACAGGAAAAAUCCCCCCUCCCCAUAUCAAAACGGAAUUUCUGAUGCUGGAUUUGUGUACACAAAUCAGCUUUGUAUUGCAGAAAGGCACUCCGGCCAGAUCCCCACACUAGGCACGGGUGUAUCGGUCUACUUGUUCAGCAUGGCAAACGGCUCCCCUUUAGGCCCAACAGCAUGACAAAUCGCUCCCAUAAUGGAGCGGAAGCUUCUGCCCUUGUCUUCUUGCAAUACAAAUGUGAUUUGCGACCUCAAAUCAGCAACAGGGUGAGGGACCCCUGACGGUUGGCCACGCUGCAUGUUCUGGGACCACGCAAAUUCUAGCCUGCGAGGAGGGGGGAGCGCGCAAAAAAAAGGUUGGCCUACGGAUAUCAGGUGGAACUAAGGCUCAAAUCAGCAACACAAAUUUUCGCAAACAUACCUUUACGAUAUGGGGAGGGGGGAUUUUUGCUUUUGAUAUCUGACCGCGACGACGACCACGAGCAACGGGCAGGAAACAGCGACCAACGAGGGGGGUACUACGACCAGUGCUGUUGCUACAACAGCUAUGGGUGCGCAGCCACACGAACCCAAUGCCGAAGUUCAGCAGCUCAACGUCUCCGGCUCGUCCUCUGCAAGUAUGAGCAGUAGUACGGGAAAUAACAAUUUCCCCAACACCGUUUUUGGCAAUGCGUUGCAGCAAAAGCCGGAAGGGGAAGCAGCACCGGCAGUACGAAACACAGAACCACCGCCGGCGCUCGGCGGAACUGCGGAUGCACAGUAAACAGAAUGAUAUUUUGUGGCUUCUUGAUGUUUUCGCUGGUUUUUUUCGGUCUCCUGUGUCUUUAUUGCAUGAAACAGAAUCAUAGAUCGGCGCUCGCACUGCGUUUCUUGAGCACAUUGGGAAUAUUAAACGUAUUACGUUGUUGAAUAUCAAACAAUUCCAGGUCUACAUUCGCUCCGCCACCACGGACGCAGUCGGAGGGAACUGGUUCAGGUCUCCAGGGCAUGCUUACGAACUUCCUGCUCAUGGUACAUUUUUUUUCUUAUGCAGCCUCAGUUGGCUCUUCUUGUUGAAUGAUUACGCUGACACUACAGUUCCGACCUAAGAACUACUCUACGAAAUUUCAACGCAAAAAUAUCAAAACUUCCCAAAUUCAGUCCGGCGGAGGCUCCAAAGCUGCAGAUCCACCAGCAGCACCGCAGCAAGUGUCGUCCUCGCAACCCGCAGUGGUACAACAGCCUGCUACCCUGACCUCAAGCGAGCAGUCCCAAUCGAAGGAGACGAUUUCUGCGGACACCAGUGCCAAGCCCGCCGCCGCGGAGCAGCAGACAAAGUCGAAGAACAGCACGAAGCAGCCGACUAGCAGCUCCUCCUCGAGCUCGUCGAGCAGCGGAAACAAUAAUGCCAAGAACAAAAGCGCCGCGGUUCCCCCCCUGCAAAAUGCCUCCACGACGCAAAAAAAGCUUGGAACCGACAACACGCCGCCGGUGACGAGUCGGUCGAACGAAACGUGGACCGGGAACAAACUGGAGAUAAAAAACCACAUAGACGAACUGCGGGCCGAAAUCCUAGAGGAAAGGGCGCUGAAAAAGUCAAAUAGCUUGACGGCCUUGCGCCAGCACAGAAAUCGCCAGGAGGAGCUAGAUGGUAUUGAUAGGGGUGAUUUUUUGCAUGAAAUUCUACUUUGUAUAGCAUUUUUGAUUGUCCGAGUCUUGUUCGUAUCUAUUCGGUAGUGGUCAUGUGGUCCUGAGUAUUAAGCAUUCUUUACUCGUCGUCGCAGAUACUUGUUUCAAGGAAAAACCACCACCCCAAAAAUAAAUCAACAAUUACAGACCAAGAAAACCCCAUCCGCGUGGCCCGCUGUGAGUUGAACGCGAUUCAGAUGCGCCCGGUGGUGAAUAGUGAGCUUUCCGUUUAUGUUUCUCUGAAGGACAUCCGGAACAACCGGCACUGGGAGGAUAAACCGCUGUGCACGCCGGUGAUCCCAACAGGGUUGGAGGAGGACAAGCCCCUCGCCGACGAGGAGAAACCGGUGAAGUACCGGUGGAGCCGUGGCCCGGUCAUCGCGCCCUGCGUGUACCACAAGCACAAGACAUCCAUACUCCGGGACACCAGCAAGACCUUUCAGUUCUACUGCAGCCGGGAGUGCUUACACAGAGGGUGGCGCUCGCUUCCCAAAGAGAUGUGGCAGGAAAACCCGAUGAAUUCCGCCAUGGAGGACCAAGAGAAAACCCAGGAGGAACGGCUGGCACAGAAAUUCCGGGAGCAGCAAAGGCUCGACUGGGACAUACAACUCAAAUCCGACUGGGAAACCAUCUCGGAGGGCAGGACGUAUAGUCCCAGCAUCGAGGACAUCAACCGGCCGCUGAGGUAAUAUACUAGCUUAUGGGAUUUUCUACUUUUAGUAGCGAAGGUAUAAAAGGAGUCGCGCAUGCUACUGCCAGGCGAAUCCUCCCGUAUGUCCAAAAUUAAUGUUGUUGUGCAAGAACGUCUUCGCGUGUAUGAGCAAAAUGAAUUUGACUAUGUAGUAUCGUACUUUCAUCUCACGACCUUCAUAUGAUCCCACAGGUUCGAAGUGAUUCCGCUCGACAAGGAAGGCGAGGCAGUGGAGAAGUUCGCCAAAUCAUGUACCACCGGCACCGUCAUUCCUACCCCGAAGGAAGCGAGAACGCGAAGAAUGUUGUCCUUUGGGGGGUCCUUCAACGCGGCUUUUUUGAACAAACAGUUCAAAAUUAUGAACUGGAACGUGCUCGCCGACCUCUACGCCACCGAGGCCCAGUACCCGUAUUGCGAGAAAUUUGCGCUGUCCUGGAUGUUCCGCAAACACCUGAUCAUCAAGGAGAUCAAAUCCAUCAACGCGGACAUCGUCACGCUGCAAGAAGUCCAGGAGGAACACUUUUUCGAGUGGUUCAAGCCGAAUUUGGAAGAAGCGGGCUAUGAAGGUAUUUACUAUGUAUAAUUUUGGGAUCUUUGUAUCUGGUAGUCGCAAUAAAUUAUGUGUUUGUCGCUGGAUGAAGAACGCAAUAAUUAUGCGUGGUUCAACUACAUUCGCUCAUUUUUUGAGUUUGACAUCUAUGAAUCAAUUUGCACCCCUCCCAGGCGUGUACCAGCAGAAGAAGCAGAAAAACCCGGUGUUCCACCGAGGGCGCUACGCCGUCGAGGGUUGCGCGACGUUCUUCAAGAAGAGCCGGUUUUGCCUGCGCGAGAAGCGUAUGAAGUGUAAAAAUGUCUGGGUCUGGAAGAGUGUUAAACUUGUCAUGCAGGUUUUCCAUGACCCAUGAGGUCUGGAAUGCGGGACCUAGCAUGACAGAGUCUGUGAGGUCUCUACUAUGCCUAUCCUGCAUGAGAAACUCCCUCCCAACUUGGUCGAAAUUGGACAGCAUUUGGCCUUCAUGCAACACAGAUUUUCGCACUAUUCGGAUUUAGCAUGACAAGUUGCAAUCUUCCAGACCCAGACACUUUUACAAUCCAUAAAGCGCACGGUGGAGUUCGAUGAAGAAGCACGAUCGGUGUUGGAGAACGAGUCCAUGCAAGCCCGGCUCUCGAAAGGUAUCAUUUGGGUUUUAUUUCUUCUCUGCGGGUCGUUUGGAAAACGAAAAGUUAUAAGCAGGAUGUUGUAUGAUUUUCCAACUUUAUAAUUCAUCAAAGAAAGCACGCCAGCAGUUCAUUGUGCAGUGAUGAAAAUUGUUCACCACAAUAAAUAAAAAUCCCAGGCAACAUCGCUCUAAUCCUGAUCCUGGAAGACCUGGUGCAGAAGCUAUUGUGAGGAAAAAUCCCCCCUCCCCAUAUCGAAAACCCAUUCGUCUGAAAAUUUGUGAUUCAGAUUUGAGGUCACAAAUCCUGUCUGUCUUGCGGGAAGGCAAAGCCAGAGAGUCCGCCGCAUUAUGCCGGCGGUUUGUGAUGCUGUUGGGCUUACAAAGCCGACUUCUGUCAUGCUAGUCCCCUACGUCAAAACCUCUCGACGGAGGCUUAGAAUAUGCCUGCAGUCCUCUCCAGCACGACAGACCUGAUUUGUGUACGCAAAUCCAGCAUCAGAAACUUCGUUUCGAUAUGGGGAGGGGGGAUUUUUCCCGUUGAUAGAAGCCUGACAUGUCGACCCCCGACUUCAACCUGCACCCCAAAGACGGCUUUCCCCGGGUGGGCCCCGGCGGCGGGCACACCGUCGGCGUCGUGAAUACGCACAUCCUCGCCGAUCCGGAGUUCACCGACGUGAAACUGUGGCAAGGACAGCUACUAGUGAACUCGCUGGAUCGCUACUACCAUGACGGGAUGCCGCUCCUGGUUUGCGGCGACUUCAACUCGACCCCGCAGUCGGCUGUGUAUUGAUCGUUAUUUGCAAUAGAGAUAAAGAUUUUUCUCGUCGCACUUUCUCACCUCGGAGCUUUGAUUCUGUUCUUUGCAUGUUUUUGACACAGCAGGAGCAAACAAACCAUGUUCAUCAUGUUCAACAACUACUUAAAAACAGGUACGAGCUGUGGCACGACGGCCAUGUCUCUCCUAACCACGAGGAUCUUGACCGGCCGGAUAUCUGCGGUUUGCUCGCCAACCCGUUCAUUUUCAAGCACGACUUUCGCUUGAUGAGCGCGUACGAAGCCUGCAGUGGAGAGGUACAGACAUAGGAUUUUACGGUUUUAUUAUGCUUUCAUUCUUACCGGGGAAACAGACAUCGUUAUUACUUUACUUGAUUCAAAAAUGCGUAAGACUAAGAGUCAGAAAAAGAAACACCAAGACGUCAUGUGGUUCUCAUCGCGUUCAUGCACCACAGCUUCACAAAAAUCCUGAAUGUUGAAAACACAACAGGAAGCGCAAUACACGAAUUACACGGAGGACUUUACCGGAACGCUGGAUUACAUCUGGUUCACUCCGGACAAAGUUGUCGCCCUCGCCGUGUCAGCGGUCGACGAUGACACCACGCUGCAGCAGGAAACCGCGCUUCCCAGCUCCACGAGGCCGUAUUGAUAGUUUUUUGUCGUCAAACUCGAUAUACAAAUUUCGAUGUUGAUCAUGAUUGGCGUUCGCGUCGCAUGAUGUUGCGUAAUGUUCUUUACUACCGUCAUAGAUUGAUUGUUUCAUCGUGAACUUUGCACCGCAUAAUUCACUGGAACUAACUGUGCAAUCAAACAACAGGUCCGAUCACAUUUCCCUGGUGACCACGUUUAUGUUCGCAGAGCCUCGGACGAAAAACGCCAUUGCGGACAAGCAAAAGGAAACGAUGACGGAGCUGCAAAAGAAAAAUAAGGCUAAAUUUUCGAAGGCAUACGAAGAAGCGUACGGGUAUUUAAUAUACAAUGUUUUUUUUAUUUUCUGUUCCGCUAAAGGGCACACUGCCAACAUCAUCAGUUCUUCUGGUGUAGGAGCGGCUUUGGUGCUAAUAUUUGGAAUUUUUCUCCUCAUGCAAAACGUCGACGGCACUGCUGGUACAGCGGAAACAUGGGUUGUAGCAAAACGAAAUUACUUACAAAAAACAGGUUCCAAUCCGCGGAAAACUUCUACGGCGGUCCGGAAGCGUCGCAUUACUAUGGCUACCACAACCAGUACUGGGAUGAGAGCCAGAUGUACCACUACCAGCACCAGGACUACAAUGAGAUGAACGCGGCUUACCAGCACAUGAACUAUAACGGCGGAGCGAACGAGUGGUACCCGAUGCGACCAGCGUCUGGCGGGCCGAUCGACAACACGGGCGGCAACAUGCUGCACAACAUCAUGGGCGCUGCUGGCAACGCGAACGCGGGUCCUCAGGACAUGAUGGGAGGAGGGGGUCCGGGUGGUAAGCGACAAAUGCCACUAGGCGGGCUGAAUCCCGGUGGAGCUGACAUGGGGCAACAGAUGCAGUACGGAGGACCACAAACCGGCACGACGUCGGGGGGACUCGGAAACGCGGAUUCUAAUACCUUCCAACCGCAGCAGACCAGCGCGAUGAACUUCACACCGCCACGCGAUCACGGUUCCACGGGCCACACGGCACAGCCGUUUUCGCCGGGCUUGGUCCAGGACUUUGUGAAAACGGACCAGUUGGCGGUGAACGAAUCGCUGAUGAGCGAGGAGGACACGAACAUCCGGAGACCCUUGUCCGCGAUGGAGUUGCGGGGCGGGGGUCAACAACCGCGGGACCAGCAGGGCGCUGCGAACUCGGACUUUGGCGGCUGGCCGCAGCUCAACGGGAAUGCCGCGCUCGGAGGUCAUCUCAUGGAGACGCCGAACAGCAGACAAGGCCCGCCGGGCUAUUCCGACGAAGAGCAGCAAGCCUGGGCGAACAAUAUGGCUAUGGGCAAUGGACAGAUGAUGGACCAAUCGAUGAUGAUGCAGAAUCCGCAGAUGCUGCAAAAUCCGCAGAUGAUGCAAAAUCAAUCGCAGCAAAUGAUGGGCGGGAAUCCCAACAUGGCGUUUCAAGCCAACCAAGCAAACGCUUGGGGGCAGCAGCAGGGAGGCGCAAACGACAUGCAGAUGCAGAUGGGAGGUGGUCCACCGCAGCCAGGGUUGUCGCAGCCACAGCCGCGCGUCGCGCAGCCGCAAGGCGCGAACCCCUUCAACAACACAAGCAUGUCUGACCAAGAGAUGCUGCGGAACACGAUUCUGCAGGAGCAGCAGUCCGACUCUGCGCACGGUGUCGAGAUGGGCAUGUUUGGUCAGCAACAGAACAUGGUGAACGCGGCGCAGCAGAGCAAGCAACAUCCUUCAAACCAACAGACGUUUUCUGCAGACUCGCGCAUGAAUGAGCACCUCGCCCGGCAGAUGAACGACCAACCCGCGCAGCCGCAGACGUGGGCCGCGACGGUUUCUGCCGCAGUCGCGAGCACGCAGCAGCAACAAGCAGCUUCGCAGCAGGCAAAUAUGGCCGCUCAACAACAGCAGUCCGAUGGUGCCACAUCAACAUCGCAGCCGCAGAACAACAACAUCCCACCGCCAAAGCUUUCCAUGUCAUCCGUUCCGCCUAAGGUUCCGCCUCCACCGCCGCCACCACCGCCGCCGAGCUUGCCACCGUUCAUUCCGAGCGGAAACUUCUCGGCGACGUCCUCAGUUGGCGAAAACGUGAAGCCGGAAUUCCGGGAUAUGCUGCCGCCCCCGACGUCACACCUUCCGCAGCAUUUGAUCUCCUCCGGCGACAGCUCGGCGUCGAACAGCGGCCAGCCCAGCAAGGGCGCCUCGGGCCAGCCCAGCGCCUCUAGCUCGCAGCCGCCGAACAUGAAGGGGGCCGGGAAGAUGAAGCCGACGAGUCCACCAGAAUCGAGCUUCAACGGCGGCGGGGGUCUGCAGCGAUUGGGGUCCUCUUCCUCGCGGUCGAAUUUGCCACUAGACCAGCAAUCCGAGAUGUCAAAUCGGAACAGCAAGGAAUCGAUGCGAAACUCCAGCUACCCAACCGCGACUGCAUCCACGGACAGCAAGCGCGCGGUUUACGACAGCUUCAACCGCCGACAGCCCUCCCGCGGCUCCGCCUUGCCCCCGGGCUCCGCGGGGUAUUCCGCGCUAGCGGGGAACACCGGCGGGGGUGGAGAGAACGGCAAUUCUGCCACUUCUAACACGCAGAAUGGUGGCAAGGGUCUGACGCGGAACUACGGGUCGCGGGAGCACCUGCACCGUCCGACGGAACCCGGCUCUCUGUUUGAGGGGAGCCACAGGAGAGAACCGGUGCCGGCAUCGUCCUCUUCCUCCAGCCAUCAGCAGUCGCCGCAAGAAGUGACAGACAGCUGCUGUGCAAAGUCGCCAGAAGAGAAUUCCGAGUUUAUCCUGAGUAAAAACGUACCCACACCAGAGUUGUAAUGCAAAUCUGCAUGCUGAAAAUGUUUCUCAUGCGGAGCCCCAUGAGAAGCGUUUUCUAGUCGUGUUGUGCAAUUUGUCAUGCUCCAAUCAGCAUGGUAUGCUAGAUAUGUGAUGCUGCUGAGCUAGCUCAAACAGCACUACACUACGAAUCCAAAUUUGUCAUGCAAAACAGCCAAAACUUGUGGACUUGUCUAGCCGAUUCCCCAUCUUGACUAUGGUGUGGGUACGUUUUUACUCAGGAUAGAGUUUCCGUGCGUGGAAUCCCCGCCCUUCCCCAGCCCGGACAGCGAAUGGACCACGUCUCCUUGCGAUAAUGGUGGGAACGGGACAUCAAACCAUUGGAGCCACCAGCAGAACACGGGAAACAGCGCAGCUUCUAGCAGCAGCUCUUUCACGCUGAAUGCGUCUAGCGGAAAGAAGGGGCCCGCGGCGGGCGGCGCUUCCUCGACGUCCAAAGGAGGUUCAUCUGCGUCCGGGGCGCAGCAGCUACAGCUGCACGUCGGGCAGACGGCGCGGGCAAAAGGUAGUUCAACUGAGGGAGUUGCGACGGAUUUUGCCGGGGGCGGGCAAAGCCAGCAAAUGCAGCUGAACAUGGUCGGUGGUCAACACCAGCAGUUUGGAGGUUCCUCACAACCGUCCUCGCAGCAGCCAUUUAACGACGGACCCCCUCCUGGCAUCCUGGUACAGCAGCCGCACAGCUCGUCCCAAAGUACCUCGUCUCCCUCGCACCACAUGGACGCGCAGAGUGCCGUGAAUCUGCAGCAGUCCGGUGGUACGCAAACUUACCAUCAGCAGACGCCCAAUUCGUACAGCGACCGACCCACGCCGCGCAACCUGUACAGCCACUUUUCGCAGGAGGACGACAGUAACUCUGUUGUGCCGCAGUCGGGCGGGGACCAACAUCAGCCGGGGAACAAGGACAGUUGGAAUAACAAGCAGUACAACCACAAACAGGAGUCAUCAACAUCCGCGGAACCUUCCGGUCUGAAAAUCGGUACCAAGCCGUCUGCGCCGAGUUCGCAGCUGACGCCGGCUUUGAGUCAGGAUCAGCAGCAGAGUGGCGGCAGUCAGCAGAGCUCGACCGCCGGCAGCAACAGUGCCGCGCAGAACAACAUCGGUCCUCCGCCGCCCAUGCUGAACAUCGGUUUCGACCACAACAGUCUACCGAAGCGCCCACUGAUUUCCGUGGACCAGCACUGCAAUCCGGACGUCGGGCCUCCACCGGGCGUGACGCCACCGAACUUCGGCGGGGGUGCGAGCAAGCAGUUCGGCCAAAACAUAGCAGGAGCUGUUCCGCCGUCGAAUAGUACUAGCGCAGGUCCGCAGUCCGCACAGCAGCAGAAUAAGGGGGCCCACAACUUUCCGCUGAAUUUCCCCUCCGGGCCACCACCGCCGUUGCCAAGCGGGUUCUUGAACCAAAACUCCGGAAAUAAUUCGGGCAGCAACAAUCCGAACCCAAGCAUCCACCCACGGGUACCCAUGCCGCGCGGGCCCCCGGAGCAAAUUCCGACGGUCCCGGUGUCGCUGCCGAAGGUGGACACGCCUAAUCACACCACGUGGAACACGACCGCCGACCGCAGCAAUGACCGCUCGUUUUCUCGCGAGACCGUGUCGGUCGCCGCGGCGCGAGGUAUGAAUCCUUUGUGGUAGUGACAGCUGCCAUGUGCUAGCUGCGCUUUGCCAUGAUGUGCUAUCAUCUUCGGAAGGCAAGCCAGUGGUGUCUCCGGAUAUUUGUACGCAUAACUCCUGUAGGUGGUCAACAAGCGGCUGCCGCAGAGAAGAACCCUCUGCAGGGCGCACCAAAAGUAGACGGAGGACGCUUGCGGGGCGGCAAGUAGUCGGGAGAACUGCUGCAGCCAACCCGACAUCAUAGCCAGAACACGCGACAGAGCCACAUCAAUUUUGUCCACCUAAUAGGUCGAGUCGAGAGUGCUUGCAGUCGGAAAUAAGCGGUGUUGGAACAUCCGAAUCGAGCAUUGCGACACGCCUGUUGAAAGAACCCAAGACGCAUGAUUUCGCACGACCGGGGUAGAUGGAUUCUUCAUCGCAGAAGAUGGAAUCUGCCGAAGUUGUGUCUGCGGUCUGCUCUUGUGACCCGAGGGACUAUUACAACUACGAUCAAAUUGUAACCAAGACAUCAUUCGAUGUUGUUUGAUCAGAGGCGACGAUUAGCACAUCAUUCCGAUCAUCAUUGUAAAAGUAACCCUUUUGACAACUAUAGCCUUCAAAAAUCCAUUAGGCAUCACGUUCUAGAAAAAACUUUUAAAAAAAUUUUCAAAAAAAAAGCGCUGAG